AGUUAUACACAUGUUCUUCUUCUGUAUCCCUUAACUAAUCAAUAUAAUCAUAAUCUCUUAACACAAGACAGCGUCCUUCAACGUUUUCGCGUGCCUCACUUCCCUUGAAUGGAUCAAGUGGAACCACCCACAACUGAAACAGUCGACGAACUUCGACAGAGACUAAAUAAUAUGAGAAGACUAAUGGCGGAAAGAAUAUCUCCUGUUAACUACAACGAGGGAAGAAGAACCACAAAUGAAGGAUUAAUUGACGGCACCUUUAUGAGUUUUACUUUUGGUGCAGCUUUGGUUGUCAUUAUAUCCGUCAGCGUUUAUGCGUUUUAUAACUUAUAUGUCGCAAUAUUAAAGAAAAUUCCACACAAUCACGAUGAAUUAUAAGUGAUAACUACUUAUAUUUUUUCAUAAUAGUAUAACGCCUUUUGUAAUAAAAUUUUGUAAAAAAAUAUAAAUUAAUUUUGAUAGUCAAUUUCAUUUAAAGUAACAUUCUUUAAGCAAAAAAAAUUUUGUUUUGAUUAUGUGUUAAUAUUUCUUUUUAGGAGGUUUAGGCAGAUACUUAGAAUAUACAUCUUUGUGGACGUCUGAGUAUUUUUUUGGCUUCUGUUCCUAGUGUGCUUAGUCAUCUAAAUUCCUCUCCUCUAAUUUCUUUACACUUCUCAUCUAUCCUUUCUUGCUUGUUCCAUACUUCAAACCUAGAGUUUGUUCUGCCAACAUUUCCAUUAAUUUGUAUACUUGCAUCCACACCUUUUCUACAUUGUCUUAUUCGUUCAUUAUUCUCAGAUUUGUGGUGAGAUACUCUUGGUCUCCUGUGUCACCCUGUUUUUCUAUAUCACUGAUAUGUUGCACUUCACAAUUUUAUUGGUUGCUUUCGGUUUUCUCUGCAGCUGCUACUUGAUGUUUCCUAUUACUAAUAAAUGAACUGUAUUUACGUCAGCACAUCCGAAAUGUCUGACAUUGCUCUAUGG